AUGUCCGGCCAGAAAAUGAUGUCACUCGAGGCAGCGCUCGAGGAGGAGCGAAAGCAGAUUGAGGAUCUGAUCUCCAUGCAGCAACAAAAGCAGGGAACCUCGAGGAGGGCGCCCUCGGCUGGCCCUCGCUCUCCCUCGCCGUACAUGAGCCCUCGGUCUCCGGUGAGAAGCAUGCUUGACGUUGACGGUGGCCCGAAGAGCCCUCCGUUACAAUCCCAAUUUCGAAGUAUGCUAGAUAUCGAUGGCCCUUCUCCUGUAGCACAACAGCCGCGUCGCAGCAUGCUGGACAUCGACACCCAUGGUCCCAUGCUGUCGAGCACGAAAACCUCUCCUACCCUGUCGUUCAAGUCUCCCAUUAUCGAAACCUCGACGCGCCACAGGAGCAUGUCGGAUGCUACCUCGAAGCCGCUCUUGGAUAUGGGCCCGCGAUCUCCUCCACCGCCCAUGAGCCCAAGGGGCAUUGACCCAACCUCUUCCUACAAGUUUCACGACAUCCUACCGACCAACGCCGGUCAGCCUUACACAGCCAAACGUGGGUCGGGUGGCGGUCCUCGGGCCAGCUCUAUCGGCGCUGCGCUCCGCGGAUCCGACCUCUCGAACCUGGUGCUGCCAGGCGAACAGGGACGCCAAUUCGGGCUUCGAAAGAAGUCCAAGUCCCCGAGCAAUCGGUUUGGCAUGCGUUCAAGUUCACCAUUUAGCAGUUCGUCGAAGCAAACCCAAAGGCAGGGGACCAUGAUGCUGGACAAUGGCCAGGUUGUCGACAUGAACAACGCCUACCGAAGACUCUCGGAUGCGAACCUUCUUUAUGGGGGUUCAAAUCUGUCUUCGCUGGCGCGCAAGAAGCCCGAUUACUCCGAUGGUCACGGUCGAAUACAGAAGGACAACCUGAGUCCGUACGGAGAGUUGUUGUCCGAUGAGAGUGACGAUGAUGCUCCGAACUCGUCUGAUGAAGAGAAUGACAGGGGUAGGAAACUUACGACAAGGGCGGAAUCGAGUCACAAAGGGACGAGCGCGGAUGGCUUCGCUAAAAGCCUUCUUGCCUCUAUUGAAGACGAAAGGAAACAUGUCUCCUCGACUCAGCCCCAGUAUAGGUCUCUUUUCGACGACCCUGCGAUAACAGUGACAAGCCCGGCCGGAGACAAGACGAAGCAGGCAAAGCUGAGCAAACAGCCAGUGCAGCCCUCGACCAGCUUUGACCAAGAUCCGGUGUCUGGCACUCAGACACCUUUUGACCCCGAUUUGGACGCCGACGUCCAUGCUAUCAAACUCGCUCAGAACCUGCCCUUAUCUCUGACACCCAUCAUCUCGAUGCCCGAGGUGCAUCGUUGCCUCCGUAUCAUCUAUCGCGGAGACUACCACAAGAUCCAACAUGAAGCUGAAGAAGAUCACCGACGCCUUAGGAAGUACCUUGUUGCGACUGAUCUCAGUGACGAGUCAACCCACGCGCUGGAAUGGGCGAUUGGGACCAUCCUACGAGAUGGGGACACGCUCAUCGCCAUGUACUGCAUGGACGAGGAGAGCAGCAACGUCCCAGUUGACGCUAGUAAUCUAGUGCCGGACGAACCCAGGGCGAUGAAGGAACAGGCGGCAGUCAUCAACUCAACGGCCAAAGGAGGGAGUAUCAAACCAGCGGUCAGCAGCGGCAACAGCUCCAACCCGUUCAACUUCAACCGCGGGUCUGCCUCUCCACACAUCCGGGCGGCCGACAGUGGUAGUAACGCGUCGUCGCCAGCGCCUGGCUCGCGGGGUAGGUCCAAGACGGAGGAAGAGAGGAACCGAGCGGUCCAAGAUAUCACGGAGCGAGUAUCGAAGCUUCUCCGCAAGACACACCUGCAAGUGCGAGUCAUCGUGGAAGUAAUACACUGCAAGAAUUCGAAGCAUCUCAUCACGGAAGUCAUUGACCUUCUGAACCCGACGCUUGUUAUCCUGGGAAGUCGAGGAAGAAGCGCCUUGAAAGGCACCCUGCUCGGGUCUUUCUCCAACUACUUGGUCACCAAGAGCUCUGUACCGGUCAUGGUAGCACGCAAACGGCUACGCAAGAAGAGCAAGUACCAGCCGCCCCCGUUGAAGCAGGUCAACAAUCUAGCAAAUCCAUCGGCACGGAGCCUCGAGACGGCUAGAAUCGACUAA